AUGGUAACCCUGGGAUACAGACGGCAGAUAAAAAUUGUGUCUGCGGCCAACUCCUUGACGUCACACCCAGUCCCGCCCCGCGAUGUCCUUCCCUCUUGUCCCGUCCCAGGCCCGGCCGCGGGGACGGGCGACCCUGAGGCGGUGGGCAGGAGCGGCUCAGCCUGGAGGACCCUGAGGAUACCUGAUUCCGACGCGUGGAGCCUGGCACCCAGUGCGAGAAGCGUGGCCCCCUCCCAGUGCGUAGAAGCCACGAGCGGACCCCCGGAGGAGACGAAGCGUGGACCCUGGGAAGCCCGGCGUGACCCCGGGAGGCAGGUCCAACACCAGGGAACCCAGUGGACAAUCUAG